CGUCGGUGUCUGUUUACUAUGCGGUGGAGAGAGGAGAGGAAAAGUGACGGGCUCACGAAGCAAAGCCAACCCGAAGUACCGAAACUUGUCUUAACCAAGCUUCUUUAUGGCAGUAGUACUUUGCUUUGAUUUAUGGUCAAAAAUUCGUCGGAGAACUCAUGGAAAUGGUUAUGAACGUGGCAUUUCCAUGUAGACAACAAAACGUCAGGAAUUGCACCGUGGGCCCUGCCACAAUGCGUCGUUUUUGGAAUUGUGUUUUCUUUAUCCUCUCCUUUCUAUGCAACGAAUCAUUUGCGCAAGAUGAAAAUCGUGUGGUGUUCUCCUUCGGAGCGUUCCAGAACGUGAGUGUUCCAGAGAACGGCUCGGUGCAGGCGGUGGUCACCAGGAUCCCCACCGACGUCUCCUUCAUCACGCUGCAGUUCCACUCACAGCACCGCAACGCCACCCUGUCCUACACCAGGGUGCCCCUGCCUGGCUUCUCGCUGACUGCCUCGGACACUGGCCUGCUCUCUACCCUGACCCCCUUCCAGUCCUGGCUCUCCUGGUUCCUGCUCUCGCCCGGGGGGGACAACGUGGACGGCGCCGGAGUCAUUCUGCCCUACACGACUCAAGAUCCUGUGCCUGGAGCUUGUAACACAGAGUUUUCCCUGGACAUUGACCCAAACGUCUACUUGCGUUACAACAUUUACGAGACCGUCAUCACGUUUGCCCCCGCUAAUGUGGGCUAUGCACGGGGGGCGAAUCCGCCGCAGUGUGACACCACCAUGGGGGCCGGCACCCGCUGGCGCCUGGAGUACGACAUCUACCAGUACUUCCUGCCCGAGAACGACCUAUCAGAGCAGAGCUUGAUCGUCAGCCUGGAGCGGGUGGCCAAUGUCAUGAGCCUCAGGCAGCAUGCGAAGAGGCUGAUGACCCUGAACUCCAACGCGCCCCCCAUGGUGUCCUUCUCCUCCAUUGUGGGUCAGGGGGUGAUCUACUCGGUGAUCGUGAGGGAUCCGCUGCUCAACACCUCGGCGGCCUACAUCCCCGCACACACCUACGGCUGUAGCUUCCUCUCCACGCUGGACAACUGUGGAACCUUAGGGAGACUGUCCACCAAGAUCUUCUUCACCAUUGCGGGUUUCGCUGGCCUGUUUGUUUGCUUCUUCGGUCAUCGCUUCUUCAAAUGUGAGCUGUUCUGCAUGGGGUUCGCCUUUUCUGCCUUUUUCUUCUUUGUCCUCAUCACACGGACUACCAUCCUGGACUAUGACAUCCGCCUGGCUCUGACAGCCCUGAUAGGUACGGUGGGAGGUGUGUUCCUGGUGAUGUGGUGGUGGCGUUUCGGCUCGGUGAUGGCCUGCGUCAUGGUGGUGGGCCUCAUCCUGGGCUUCCUCUUCGCAUCCGCCAUCUUCUUCACUCCGCUCGGUGACUUGGAAGUGUUCCGUUCAGACGUGGUCUUCUGGGUGACCUUCGGCUGCUUUAUGGUCAUAGUGCCCAUACUAUUUGUACGCUGGCCAAGAGAGGGCAACAUCAUCACGUGUGGUGUGGCGGGAGGCUACGCGGUGGUGCUGGCGGUGAACGCCUACAUCUACACCAGCCUGGCCUACAUGACCCUGGACGUGCUCAAGCGCUUCCUCAACAACAACUUCAACAGAGCCUUCAUCUCCGUGCCUUUCCAGGACAUCGACUUCAUCAUGAUCACGGUGUGGGUGGUGCUGGGCGUGUCUGGCAUCGUGCUGCAGCUGUACCGCGAGCGCAACCGGCCCUUCUUCCCGCCCAGCCCUUACCUCAUGUGGCGGCAGGAGCGCGAGCGCCGCAAGACCAACGUGCUGGACCCCAGCCACCACACGCCUUCCUUCCCCGCACGCGUCACCGCACGCCUGCGCCAGCUCACCAGCCGCCCCGAGCACACCGGUGAGCGCACGCCGCUCCUGUUGUGAUGUGACCCUGAACAAUGUGUCAUGUGACGUGACGUGACAUGGUGAACAGACCCAUCAACAGAAGCUUUUUUGUUUAGGGUUUAUUCUUGGACUGUGGUUGCAGCCAGUUGAAUAGUCCUGUUCUAUUGGAGUCCGACAGAGAACACGCAUUGCUCCUGCUGCGAUAUGACCCUGAACUAGAUGUCAUGUGGUGUGACGUAAAGAUGUCAUGUCGUGAUGAAGAGACCCGGCCCUGGAAACUUGUUUGUUUAGGUUUUAUUCUCUGAUAGUGAUAGUAGCUGUUUCAGAAGUCCUGCUGUAUCGGAGGCCGUCAGAGAACGCACAUGGCUCCUGCAGUGACCUAACCGUCCUAAACGUCACACGAUGUGACCAAAUGGAUGUGAUCCAAGCAACCCAGACCCCCGAAGCCAAUUGGUUGCCAAAUCCACUGGUUGCCAAAUCCCUGCUAAGCUGAAGUGGUCUAAAUGAGUCCCUCUGGAGUUCAUCCACUGGAGGUGAACUUGCUUCCAGCCCAGAGUUCCUUAAUAGGCAUCCCUGACAGUCGGGACGCAGACAACACCAACAAACCAGCAGGAAGACGCAAGCACUGUCUGCACUCACCACAGCAUGUGGUUCUGUGACAACAUGUUGUCACAGACAGACCCCUUGUCCCCCAAGCCAAAGAUUCUAGAGUGCUACACUGUAGAAUCUUUGCUCCAAAAACAGUCCUACUUUGUUUGGUGUUCUGGUGCUCUGCCUGUCUGUCUACUCUUCUUGUCUUUUGCACAAGACCUGCAGUGUGAUCUUCUACUGCCCUUUUCUGUUUUACUUGAGCGCCCCCUGGUGGGAUCCUGCCAUAAUAACACGUCACCCAUACGUGGUAGUCCUAGUACAAUGACACCAGUCACAGCCCCGUCAAAGAUGACUGCUGUUUUGGGAACAAUUCUCUAAACCGAUGUCGCCGUCCAGUUGGUGAGGUUUAAAUGAACAGCAUCUGUUGAUUAACUUCUGCAUUGUAAGUAAGUGUUAAGUUAAAUAGAGGCAAUUUUCUGCUCAAGACUGCUAGAUGGUCAAUUGGCAGCACACAUUUGGCUGAACGUGGUUUGAAACAAAACACACGUUUAUCCAAAUGUCCUAUGCCAAACAACGUAGGUUUAUGUGGUAGGGGCGAAAAGAAUGUUAAAGAUUUGCAUGUAGGAAAAGAUUUGGUGAUGAGAUGAUGAAUGAUUCGUGAAUAGAGAUACGUUAGCUCUGUCUAUGCAGUGGCAACAAUGCAUAGUGCAGUCACUAGUGAUCAGAACCGCUUACCAAAAAGGGUUUCACUGUCAAAAAACACGAUCACACAAAACCAUAGGCAAAAGUCUUGCUUGUGGGUGUUUUAAAAGUCAGGUCAGUAUGUUUAUAGUUCUCACAUUUUCCAAUUUUUGUUCGAUUAGUUUUGUUUUUUGUUUUUCCGAUAGUGUGAGGUUGUCUGUGAAAGUUGGUGGUCUUUCUUCUGUGGCAAUUUGCUACAUUUUUUGUCACCUCUCUUUGCCUGUGUUGAACAGACCGUUAGGUUGUAAUCUGCCAAUCACUGACAUUUGACUAAAGUAUUCUUUUAUAUUAUUUCUGAUGUGGUGAUUUUUUAAAAGAAAGACACAGUCUACAAAUUCACAUUUUAUAUUUUAAACAGUGUUUUUACAGUGCUCAGUGUGCACUUUUGAGUGCUGUCCUAUUCAUCGUGUUAGUUGCCAAAUCUACCUGCUUUGACCAGCAUUAUUUUCAUGGAUUUUUUCCAAACAAUAGAGCCCAAAAUAUUGGGGAAUUCAUGUAAUAUCUUUCAUGUCUUGAAGGAUGACAAUAUUUCUGAUUUGUAACUAUCUAGCAAAUAUUUGUUUUAUUGCAAACUGCACAUGAUCAUUGAAGUGUUGAUCAUGUAGUCAUGCAAGUGUAGAGAGAGAAACCAAUUGAUUUCAGCACCAUGAAAUAUCACAUGGAUCAAUCCAGCGAGCACAGGGCUUGAUUUGAAGUCCAUCUAAGCACUAAUGUUUGGGAAUGUGGUCAUUUCUCUCUUUUCCAGCAGUAGUCUUCAUUUAUUUCUAUUGUCCUAUGGACAACUGCUCCAGACUGUGGGCCUUUCAGGGUAGGAUACGCCACUACUGUAGACCCAUAAUAGAUACACGUGUGUGAAACCACUUUCCUCAUAUGAACCAACCCAAAUAUUGUCUUAUUAUCAUGAAUUUAGUCUGACGAUAGUGUAGUGCCCCCCCCCCCCCCCACACACACACACACACACACUACACUGGCCCAAUGUGUAUUUUGGCAUGUGGUGAUCUAUCCAGGUAAUAAUGCACCCCCACACCAUUAUCCAGUCAUACAUUUAAUGGUGUAACAUUGGUGCUACAGAGGUGCACUAAGUACAGUUUGCACUUUUGAUGUCUUGUCAAUUGAAAUAGCUAGACAAAUGCCAACCGAGCAUUAGCCUACCUUUUGUGGCGCACAGAUCUCUCCUCCUGACUUUCUCAGAGCAGCUUCUGAACUCUAAAAACGAAGUGCCUUAAUUUUAUUUCUUCACUCAGUUGACCACUGGUGUGUGACUUUGUUGUUUUCUUCUGUCCCUUUAACUUGGUAACUUGUCACUGAAAUGAUUAUCCUGUUGGCACCUUAGAUAAGUCUUCAAAGGCAUUUGAUGUAGGUCAAGUAGUUUUCCUGAGAAUGUCAAAAGUUUUGUUUAAAAGAAAAAAAACAUGUCGACUUUUAAUGAGAUGUUUUACUUGUUUGUAAAUGUGUGAUUUAGCUAUUUUAAUUUUUCAAUAAAGAUGUUAACUAUUA